CAGGCGGCUCGUGCCAACGCGCAGAACCAGGACGCAUGCGCAGUCGCAGAGCAGGAAAAGAAAUGGCGGAGUUGGGGGAGAUCAAUGGGAAACAGUCUGGCCAGAGCGUGCAAGUCAGGGACGGAGGAGGACUUUCUCAUGGGGAGGGCACGUCUACACUCCGCGAAUCUGUGUGUGCCAUUCUCAAUGCCCUGGCAGCAUUUAGUACAGAGUUGAAUUUAGGGGCCGAUGUUCUGAAAAUGGAUGUCAAUCCAAGCCGUAUCAAUGUCUCAUCCCUUCAGCCAGGUUCUAUGCUUACCUGUGUCCAUCAGCACAUCUCACAACUGCAGACCGUGUCUGCAAACCUGAAGCAGCUGGUAAAGGUGACUGCCGCGCUGGAAUCAGCCGCAGACGGCGGGGGUGAUGUGAGCCCCGCGGGGGGCAGCCUCGAGCCCAAGAGAGACGACCCCAAUGUGCAGAUCAAAGUCAGCAAGUCAGAGAUUGAUAGAAGAAUAUCGGCAUUUAUCGAGCGCAAGCAGCUGGAGAUCAAUGAAAGCAAUGUGCGGGAGUUUUGUAACGUGAUCAACUGUAAUCAGGAAAACAGCUGUGCCAGGACAGACGCCAUCUUCACCCCUUUCCCCGGCUUCAGGAGCCACGUCAGAGUGACGCGGGUGGUGAACACUUAUGGUCCCCAGACGCGAGCAGCAGGCAGCAGAGAGACCACCGACCAGAAACAGGGAGCGGCCGCUAGGGAUUGUGGGAAUCCUGCCAUAGAGGAACGUCUCCACAAUAUUGAAGCACACCUCAAGCUCUCUGCGGAGGGGCCUGUGCCUUUGAAUAUCUACCAAAGGCUGAAGAUGUUGGAGGAUAGAAUCCUGGAGCUGGAAGGCCUCUCCCCAGAGUACUUCCAGUCCAUGACAUACUUGCACAAGCGACCAAAAACAUCGUCACAGGCUUACAGCCUGACGGAGUUGGACGGGAAGAUCAACGCGCUGAAGGCCACUUUGCUGAAGAAGGUUGGAGAGUUUCGGCUGAGAGACGCAGAGGAGUUCCCCUUUUGAUAUGGCUGCCGCCCUUUUCGUCGUCCACAGGGGUGCAGUACCGACGGAGUCAGACGAUGCAACUACAGACGGACCCUAACAUUACAUCUGCUUAUUUAUCUCCCUACAUGCUAAUUAUGGUUUAGCAGGUACAUGUUGGUAUUUCAUUAAAUGGACUGACGUAUCUGAAAGUGUCUGUUCUUUGUAAAUAUAAACCUGGCAAAUGCAUUUUUCGCUUUGAAUUGUACAAAUGCAUAUUUUGCUUACCAUUUACCGUUUUUUUUUUUUUGUUUGCUUUUGUUCAAAGUAAUUUGUGACUGUUUUGUAAAUAAACUGCACUAGAACAGAAUCUUCUGGAAGUUUUUGCUGCUCCCGACACACAGGCACACAUGUAUAGCACUGUACUAUUUGUCUAGCUUCAAAGAGCAUUGUUAUGAACUUUAUCUUGUUUUGGUGUAAAUUAUUCAAUAUUUCAUUGAAUGAUGUUAUUGCUUUAUCGAUUAUACUCUCACUUCAUUCAGAACUGCAUUUUCAGCUGACGUCAUGAUCUCAGGGCGGGCAGUUUGUUUUUACUUAAUGCCUGUGAUUCUGAACUUGAUUUGCUUGGAGUAUCUCUCCGUUUUUGUAGUUUUGCUUUUUAAAAUUUUCUAAAGGA